GCUUCCUCACCUCACUACAACACAGUCUACUACUACUUACUCUAAUACAACCAAUCCACAUUCGCUUUACCGCUACCAACUCAACCACCACCACCAUGAAGUCCUUCGCCACCGCCCUCCUCAUCGGCGCCGCCGCUGCCGCAAACAUCACCGUCACCAACUACCACUACGUCGGUGUCAACGGCUACCCAUCCUUGGGCUUCUUCCUUUCCGCCGACAGCGUCGAGUGCUCGGCCGACCACUACGUCCCCGGCGUUGCGUACAAGUGCAACGACCCCGCCUGGUCCUUUGUUAUCGAUGCGGAUGCCCCUGCUGAGGGUAACUCGUUCACUCUCACCCACACCGUUACUUGCAAAACCGCAUCUGCUCACUUCCACAUCCCCCUUAACGGUCCUAUCCCCACUGUCCUGGGCCAGAUUGGUCUCGGUGUCACCGAGGAGCUCGUUGUCGACGAGGAGCAACACGGUUGCUAGACGGUGUUUGCUGGAGACGGGACAGAUGAUUAGAUUUAGUAAUAUUUAAUCUGUUGUUGUCUUGAGAA